AUCUAUAUAAAGCAAUUAGUUCAAAGCAAACAACCUGUUUGGUCGCAGAGUGUGAGAUAUAAGUUGCAUUAUCGCCAAAAAAACAGUCGAUACUUCCGUGAAAGAAAAUGGUGAAAAUGCUUCAAGUACCUUAUUUUUGCUGCAUAGUUUUCCUUUGCAGCAUCUUGGCGGACACGGAAGGAGUCAAGUAUAAGGCAAAAUUAAGUCCAAAUUACACACUGGUCUGGGAAACGGUAGAUAAUGAAUUCAUCAAUUUCGCUGCGCUUGUGAAAACGACCGGUUGGGUUGGUCUGGGCUUGAAUACCAAACCCAAGAUGGAUGGUGCAGACCUGGUCAUUUCAGGAGUGAAGAAUGACACGCGGCCUUAUCUCUUUGCAUAUCACGGUAUUGGGCAUCACCUUAUUGAAGAAGAAACGUCACAUUGGGACAUUGGUUAUGGACGAGUAUUUGAAGAUUGGAAUGCAACCGUGACAUUAGUAAACAUGAUCAGACCACUGGACUCUAAUCAUAAGGAUGGAAUAAACAUUGAGGACAAAGACAUGUAUCUCUUAUGGUCUUACGGUUUGGAUGAUGACGUUAGCAAAAAACACGUUGAAAGAGGAGUCAUCCGAGUUAAUUUUAUCAGUCCUAGCAGUAGCAACAACAACCCAGAUAAUAUCGGUAUUUUGUAAAUUCGGUGAAUUAGCGUAUGGUGUGACGCAUGAAAUUGAGAUUGCCAAUUUAUUUUGUGAAAUAUACAUUCUUGAUGAAUUUAA